AUGACUAAUUACGAAAAAAACAUUUGCUACGCUAAUAAUAUAAAAUGCAUCAAAAACGUUAUAACACGUGGGAAAAUCUUGUCGGAGAUGGGACAGUGUUGUUCUCACCACACCUAACACUGUUCAUAACUUAGGGUUCUAAGGAGAUCCCCUUCUUGGAAUUUUCUCAUCCAUUUGUUACUCUUCCAAACACCUCCAAAAUAUAAAAUUUCUUCUCUCUCCACGCUCCACACAUUCUCUUCAAUUUCAAUAAAUUAAAUCUUUUAUGAAAUGUUUCUCUUCUUCUUCUUCCAUACUUCCUUUCCCUUCAUCCUCCUCCUCCGUCCUAGUACUUCCCAAAAACAUGUCUCCGAUUUCAACUCUUUCCCACCCUCUAGUCUUCAAAUUCAAUCUUAAUUCUUCACCUAAGCUUCUUAAAUCGUUUGACCCAGAGUUUUUCCUCCACCUCCGAACCCGCAAAACAAGUUCUCUUGGAGGAAUUUUGACCGACAAAACUGGGGUGCGCGACUCUUCAAGAACUAUGAUUAAAACUUCUGUGUUAAAGGAGUCUAGGGACAGAGACGAUGGGAUUCAAGCGCUUGAACAAGAAGUAGAAGGUUUCAUUGACGGAUCAAUGCGGGUUCAAGGUUUCGAGUCCACUUUGAAUCGUCUGAGCAAGUGGUUGGUGUCAGCUUUGUUUGGUGGGGUGAUACUUUGGAGGCAUGACGCGGAGGCUUUAUGGAUGGCGAUGGGGUCGAUUGUGAAUGCGGUGCUCUCAGUUGGACUGAAACGGUUGCUGAAUCAGGAGCGGCCAGUGGCCGGCCUUAAGUCCGACCCUGGGAUGCCAUCUUCUCAUGCCCAAUCCAUAUUCUUCACUGUCGUCUUCGCUAUAGCUUCAUUAUUGGAAUGGCUAGGAAAUAAUGCACUUUCAGUGGGCAUUUCCGUUCUGGCUCUGGCAUUUGGUUCAUAUCUUUCAUGGCUUCGAGUGUCACAAAAGCUUCAUACGAUGAAUCAAAUUCUUGUGGGUGCUGUGGUGGGUUCCAUUUUCUCAGUUUUAUGGUACCUGUCAUGGGAUGCUGUUGUUUUGGAAGCAUUUAGCUCCUCGCUGUGGGUAAGGGUCAUUGUUCUUUUGGCUUGUGCUGGAUUUGGCCUAGGCUUUCUUACAUAUGUGAUACAAUAUUGGCUCCAGGAUGAAAGAUAGACUAUGUAUUUGCUUUGUAAACCAGUUUUAUUAAUACAAGUCAUUUGAUUCCAUCUCAA